GUACCUGUGUAGGUAGGUUUUCAGGAGCCAGUAAACUUGUCCUACCGCCGCCGCAGAACCCUAAUUUCACCACCCACAGCCAUGGCCGUCGGGAAGAAUAAGAGGAUCUCCAAGGGCAAGAAGGGUGGGAAGAAGAAAGCAGCUGACCCAUUUUCAAAGAAGGACUGGUAUGAUAUUAAAGCUCCGUCUUUGUUCAGCACUAGGAAUGUUGGCAAAACCCUUGUCACUCGUACACAGGGUACUAAGAUUGCCUCAGAAGGAUUGAAACAUCGUGUGUUCGAGGUUUCUUUGGCUGAUCUUCAAAAUGACGAGGAUCAUGCUUACAGGAAGAUUCGAUUGAGGGCUGAGGAUGUUCAAGGGAAGAAUGUCUUGACCAACUUCUGGGGGAUGGACUUUACAACAGACAAGCUGAGGUCGCUUGUGAAGAAAUGGCAGUCUCUGAUUGAGGCUCAUGUUGAUGUGAAGACUACUGAUAACUACACUUUAAGGAUGUUCUGCAUUGGGUUUACCAAGAAGCGUGCCAACCAGGUCAAGAGGACUUGCUAUGCACAAUCAAGCCAGAUCCGUCAGAUCCGUAGGAAGAUGAGGGAGAUAAUGGUAACACAGGCACAGUCUUGUGAUCUCAAGGAGCUGGUUCAGAAGUUCAUUCCGGAAUCAAUCGGCAGGGAGAUUGAGAAGGCAACAUCCAGCAUCUACCCUCUGCAGAAUGUCUUCAUUCGCAAGGUCAAGAUUCUAAAGGCACCCAAGUUUGACAUUGGCAAACUGAUGGAGGUGCAUGGUGAUUAUUCAGAAGAUGUUGGUGUUAAAAUGGAGCGGCCUGCAGAUGAGCCAGUUCCUGAAGCGACUGAAGUAAUUGGCGCUUGAAGAAUUUUGAAUUCGUUUUUUUAGUUUUCUUUGUUUUGUUAUAUGAGAUCAAUGGUGAUAUUUACUUUUUAAAGUUGGAUGUGCAAUUUUGUAGUUCUAAAUAUUUGAUCAUUUCAAGGAUCCCUAUUUGAUCCCAUUAUUGA